UCUGACCUUCGUUCUUACUUUCCCUCCACCUCCCUUCAUUACUCAUCUCGCCCUUAAAAAAGUGAAGCCGAGGUCAAGAAACGAGUGAGUCGGUUUCCGCUGUUAAAAAAAAAAAAGCCUCCUUCCCCGUGAGUAAGCCUCGGCGCGAGGCUCCCCGCUUCCCUGAAGGAGUUGGUACUUCCCGUUCCUUGGGCGAGGUUGCCUUUUGGAAGGGCGGCAGCACCUGUAGCGCGCGCGAGGACCGAGACGCGGCUUAGGUGGGGGCAGCAUCGGAGGAGGAGGAGGAGGAACGGAGCGGGUGGCGGUGUCUCACCGAAGAGCUCCGAGGGCGAAGCGGGGCUUUGGAAACGAAGGAGAGCCUGGGAGCGAUUUUUAUAUCCCAGCCUUCCUCCUUCCCGGGCUCAAAAGUCCGUACAAAGGUUGGGAAAUGGAGACCCGGAGGACGCGUCGACCGGCCGCCGCGCUUCCCCUGUUGUGGUUCUUGGGCACCGCCUGGAUUUUAGAUUCUGCCAUUGCAAUACAGGUCAGUGUGCUGAAUCCUUUCAAUGUAGCCAUCCUGUUUCAACCUGUGACUCUGCAGUGCAAUUACCAGACUUCAGCAACUCAGCCUCCUAUUGUCAUGUGGAAAUACAAAUCUUACUGCCGAAGCCGCAUAGCUGAUGCUUUUAACCCCGGCAGCCAGGAGAGCCAGCUCAACAACCAGCUACAAACGAACAAUCCAGGAUACAACCCUUAUGUGGAAUGUCAAGACAAUUCCAGGACCGUGCGAGUUGUGGCCACCAAGCAAGGCAAUACAGUCACCCUGGGGGAAUUCUACCAGGGCCGGCGCAUUACUAUCACAAAUGAUGCUAGCCUCAGCAUAGAGCAAACUGCUUGGGGGGACAGUGGUGUUUAUUAUUGCACCGUGACAUCUUCCCAAGAUUUGCAAGGCAACAACGAAGCCUACGCUGAACUCAUCGUAUUGGGCAAGUCCUCCGGUGUCUCAGAGCUUUUGCCAGGCUUUCAGAUAGGGCAUAUGGAAGAUUGGGUCUUUGUGGUCUUAGUUGUGCUGGCCUUCUUUCUGGUCUUCCUGCUCCUUGGAAUCUGCUGGUGCCAGUGCUGCCCCCAUACCUGCUGCUGCUAUCUUCGAUGUCCUUGUUGUCCAGAGAAGUGUUGCUGCCCCGAAGCACUAUAUGUAGCCGGGAAAGCUGCAACAUCUGGAGUCCCCAGUGUUUAUGCACCCAGUAUCUAUGCUUCCAGCAAUCCAUUGAAAGCAGCUCCCCCAGCCACCAUGAUCCCUAUGGGCCCAAUGUCUCCAUUGUACAAUGGUUAUGGAGUGGAUUAUGAUCGAGCCAGCUCAGUUGGUGGAAACAGCUCCCAAGUGCCUCUCCUGAGGGAUACAGAAAGUGUGGCAAAUGCUGCUGUACGCAGUGGUUAUCGCAUCCAAGCCAACCAGCAGGAUGACUCCAUGCGGGUGCUCUACUACAUGGAGAAGGAGCUGGCCAACUUUGACCCUACUCGGCCAGGGCAGCCCAAUGGGAGGCUUGAGAAAGCCUCUGUGUUGAGUGAACUAAGCUCUCUUCAUGAAGAUGAUCGGCGUUACGAGCUGCGGCAGGGCAUGGGGAGGCUGCGUGGCCAGGCCAUGUCUCCCAUUAGUGACCUGGAGGAGGAAAGUGUACGGAGCAGCGAGAACCGGCGCUUGCUUCCCCCUGCCCCUUGGCGUGACCGUUAUGAGGACUCCCCACCACGAAGCUAUGGCCGACGCCCGCGUUCCCGCUCGGUAGAUGCUCUAGAUGACUAUGAACGAGAUUCCUACCCUUCCCAGCACAGAGGCCGGGGCCAGCACGGCUCAGACAAUGAAUGCCAUCACCGCGAUUAUUCCCCUGACUCCCGUUACGACUCUGAGCGCUACUGUAGACGCCGAAGUCGAAGUCGGGAUGACCUGCGGGAUCUGGAGCGAACCCAUUAUGAUGACCGGCUCUUGGAGGAAGCCCUACGGAAGAAGCAGCGGGCAGGUAGCCGUGAAGACCUGGAUCAUGGAAGCGCAUCCAAUGGGAGAUCCGGCCACAGGAAAAAACGGGAUGAAGAUAGCAGUGGCUUUCCUCCGCCUCCUCCGCCUCCGUACACAGAGACCGAAUCGGUGUCUUCCCGCAGCAAGGAGGACCGCAAGCUGCGAAGGAAUCAUGCUGUCAGCAGAGAAAGCUUGGUGGUUUAAUUCUUUCCGCUCUUUCUGGAAUAUGAGAGACCGUGGGUUGAAUGGCUACAGGAACACUCUUCAUGUGUUAGCAUUUGUUUUAUUCAGGAGAAUAAAAGAUGAAACGGGACAGCAUUUAUGUUGGAUCUGAGCAGUCAUCAAAAAAACAUGCUGACUGCACCCGGUCACCUCUCAAUGUCUUAGCUCAUCUUCAUCAGAGGCAGGCUAGGAUUCUUCAAGAUUCUUUUAAGAUUCUUAGUAUUAUAGACAUUGUAAAACACAUUUUGGGUACCCCUUUUGAAUUUCAGAGCGAUCUAUUUCUGAAUGUGCUAUUCUGGAAAGAGGAUCAUGUGAUCGCUGGAUACUGUUCAAACAGGAAGGAAUUGUUUAUUUCAUUGAACACCACAUGGACAUCGAACUUGCCUUUUAUUUCCCCCUCCCCUCCUGUAAUUUUGAAGAGGAUUCCAAAGAAGAUACAUUUAUAUAUAUUACCUUUUUCAUUCUGAUUUUAAAGGAGUUCUUUAAACACAUUUGAUACUUAAAUAAUGUGACUGUGUGUAUAAUUUUAGGGGUUUUUAGAAUCCGAGUAUGAAAUUACUGAUGCUGUAAAUAUUUAAGUGAUAAGCGAGCAAGGUGUUUGUUUGUUUUUUUACCUUACAAUUUCUGUAUUAUUUUUUUUUAAAUGAGAUUACAUUUUUAUAGUAAUGAAAAUAAAAAUGAACAGAGCUCCUGUAUCGGCUAGGUUCAGCAUUUUCAGAGCAGACUGAAAUUCCUCCUGUUAUCAGUCUUAGUCCAGUCUUCCCAGCUCUUUUAUCUUCCAGAUGUGUGAGAUUGCAUAUUGGACAUCUAUAAACACAUUCUGAAAGUUACCCGCCAUACUGGAGGACGUGAGAAAAUGUGAAUGAUUCGUUCAUUUUAAUAAAUAACAGAUUCCUGCAGUUGCUGUUUAUUUUGAAAACAGUCACCUGUGCAUUGUUGGAUGACUUACAAUUCAUCCUUUCCUGAAACUUGUCGUCGUUGCAGUUUUACAGAGAGAAAAAUAAAUAUAGAUGGAUGAUACUUUAGAACUGUCCAGCAGGAGGCAAAAAUUCUUGUGUAGAAUUAUAACAUAAUUCCAUGAGUUGCUAGCACAGAAUGUGUUUGUGUUCACCAAUCAGGUCAGCUACCUUUACAUAUCUUGUUGAAAUGGUCAUAAAACAAGAAAGACUACCCUCGCUCUUCAAUGCCUUCACAAUGUAGGGAUGUGUUUUCUGAAUAAAAAGGCGAGAUUUUUCAA